AGGAAUCUGGGAAAGUCAGGCCUACGCGUUUCCUGCCUCGGGUUAGGCACCUGGGUGACAUUUGGAUCACAGAUCUCUGAUGAGAUGGCCGAGAACCUGAUGAACAUAGCUUAUGAGAACGGAGUGAACCUGUUUGACACAGCGGAGGUAUACGCCUCUGGAAGAGCGGAAAUCACUCUGGGGAACAUCAUCAAGAAGAAAGGAUGGAGGCGUUCUAGUUUUGUCAUCACAACAAAGAUCUAUUGGGGAGGCCAAGCUGAGACAGAGAGAGGACUCUCCAGAAAGCACAUUAUUGAAGGUUUAAGAGGAUCCUUAUCAAGACUCCAGCUCGAUUAUGUGGACAUUGUUUUUGCCAACAGAAAUGAUGUCAACAGUCCGAUGGAAGAGAUUGUACGAGCCAUGACCUUUGUAAUAAACCAGGGUAUGGCCAUGUACUGGGGAACCUCACGCUGGAGUGCCAUGGAAAUCAUGGAGGCGUACUCAGUGGCACGCCAGUUCAACCUGAUACCACCUGUGUGUGAGCAGGCGGAGUACCACUAUUUCCAGAGGGAUAAAGUCGAGGUGCAGCUCCCAGAGCUCUACCACAAGAUCGGAGUGGGGGCUAUGACCUGGUCUCCACUUGCUUGUGGAUUAAUCACAGGGAAGUACAGCGACGGCGUGCCGGAGUGCUCCAGAGCGGCAAUGAAGGGAUACCAGUGGCUGAAGGAGCGGGUGAACAGCGAGGAGGGCCGCAGACAGCUCGCAAAAAUCAAGGAGCUCCAUCUACUGGCCGACAGACUGGGCUGCACUGCUGCACAGUUAGCCAUAGCCUGGUGUCUGCGUAGUGAGGGAGUCAGCUCUGUACUUCUGGGAGUUUCCAAUACAGAACAGCUACUUGAGAACCUGGGUGCCCUACGGAUUUUAACCCAAAUGACCCCACAAACCAUUACCGAGAUCGAUGCCCUGCUGGGAAACAAGCCACACUCCAAAAAAGAGUCGCGGGCCUGAAGAUGCAAAUCUGAGUGACGGACGAUGUUUCGAGGAGACAAAGACGACAAUGACACCGGGAAACAUCACUUUUUCGCUCCGCUCUAUACUCAACAACUUGCAUGUCCUCGGCAACAUUAUGCUUCCAGUAUGUGCGCGGAUCCAUUUUGCGCGGUACAUUGUUAUCAUGUAUGAAAAAAGAAAAAAAGUCUUUCAAUUGUGGGAAAAAUAUAUUUGCUCACUGCCGAUUGUUCAAAGAAUAACUCUUUCUCCAGAGGGGGAGGCUGGAAACGGUCGGAGCGCCGCUUCUCUGUGAUCCACUGAAACCGAGAGACGCUGACAGAACUUCAACUCAUUUGACUUGUCUUAAUGAAAAGUUCUAAUGUGUGUGGGGGGGGGGGGGGGGGGAACACCUCUAUGCUAAAACAAAACUCUACUGCGUGAAAGGUGCUUUCAUCGGACUCCUGAGUCUCCUCCCCUCGCAGCCGCCUGUUAUUCUGUAUGAUGUUUGUUACCCAGCAGCCAGAGAGCCAAAGGUUAGUACUCUACGUGUCUAGCCUAACAUUUCCCAUAGUGUGCAUGUGACUGGUCUGCCAUGCUCACUGCUUUACAGGGUUGGGAAAAAAAGGAUUACUGGUCUCGAGUCUUUGGAGUGAUCUGACUGUUCAAAAAAUAAAAAUGAAUCCACUGUGGUAUUACAAUCAGAUCACCUGCUUUAAAAAAAAAAUGCCAUUAGGUUGAACACAUUAGCAUCGUAUAGGUUUGAAACUGUCAAUCAAGCGACUUUCCCAACCCUGCUGCUUUCUCUGCAGUCUUUUUGCCUCCUCCUGUUUGUAAACUGUGCGCAUGUCCCUUUAAGAGAGAACAGCCCGAAACAGGGCAUAAAUGUGGCAUGGCUUUUACGGCUUAGGUAGAUUUGCAGUGCCCUCGUAAGCCAUCGUUUUUUUUUUUUAACUCGAAAAUGGUCUGGCAGUCUGAUCCAGGUGUGGGCACUUUUGCUUUUCAAAGACUGUGCAGUGCGCAGACACAGCCGCGCGUGUCCAUCCGACAUAUAACCUUUGUAUUGUCCUCAACUGUAUAAAAAAAAAAAAAGAAGAAGAAGAAAAAUAGACGAUGCCGUCCCUGUGAAGAGCAUCGUUGUUGCUACACCCGAGGGUUGAGACAGUUGGGACUGUGUUGAAAGGUCACAGAGCCUCUGGUGCAACGAUCUGGACACACUGUGGUGAACUGCUCGUUUUCAAGCGAAGGGACACGAAUGAUACGUCUUGCGUUUAUCAAAUACCACAACUCUUGCCGCAGGUCACUUGGGUUGAGAUUUAGCAAAUGUGAUUUAUUUUUGAUUUUUUUGGUGGAGGCCGAAAAAUAUAGCUUCUCUGCUCAUUUCUCUGGGAGCUCUCUCUCUCUAUCUCUCUCUCUCUCUGUAUUAUUUGUUCCCUUGAUUCUUGCACACAUGCACAACUCAUUUUUCUACUGUGCACCCCGUGUCUGUUCCCUAUAGUUUUGUAUUAAGUCCACUACUUUGUAACGCGAGGGGGAUUGUGUUCCUCAUGUGAAGACGGCACUAAUCUCCAGGGUGGGUGCAUUCUGACACGUGAGGUUGUUUUCCGCUGACACAGGGUUACAUUGUGGUGUAAGUAUCUGCUUUACAGUGAGAUAAGAGGUGGUUACAUUUAUGAAGAAGGGAACUCCUGAAGGAUCAGCUGAAAACGUUGCUCCCUGUGUGUAUGUAUGUGUGUGUGUGUGUGUGUCUGUGUGACAAUGUACAAUCUGACUGAGUGUAGCUUCCAGUGUACAUAGAUACUUCAAUCAAACCUUGAAAAAAAUGUAACUUUGCCUGCAUAACUUAUAUUUUACUGUCUUGCAAACAAAAAGAAACCAAAAGAGAGAAGAGGCACCUCAUACUGAAUGUAUCCUGUCUGUUACCCAAACCUACAGCAUAUCUAACCGAAAGGGACGAAGCACAUCACGUGUUUUAAAGGUAUCUUUCUUUUUUUUUGGUCUUUGAACCUGUCCCGUAAAAAGAAUAACAAAUGCAAACGUUUAACAUUGUGACUGAAGGACUAAAAGAUUAUUCACAGAGGCUCAAAAUGUGUUCGCCUGUUCGCAGAGAGUCAGAGAAGAGUUUUGUAUUGACUAUUCAUAACCAGGUCCUAUUCGUUGAAACAGGCUAAUCCUACCUGUUAUGUUGAACAUCCAC